AUCCCUCGAUAUUUCGUGAUGAUCACCCGAGCGGCUCUCUCCUUCCCUUGUGGCUAACCGUAAGCUUCUUUAUAUAGUGAAAUUAUUUAUUUACCCCUAAUUAAAAUUAGGGUAUCGUCGUUGCUCGGCCUUGGAAUCCGUGGCUCUCGCCGCCUCUCUUUAAAGCUCAUUUAGAUCUUUCUUUAAUGCUGCUUUCCUGCGCCUUUCUUCCACUUCUAUGCAUUUUGGGGAGACCAGCUGGGCCUGCGUCCUUCCUCUGCCCCGCCUUCGAUAUUCUGAUCACAAGCAUCCAAGGGAAGCUCGAAGUCCAACUCCGGCCCUCUUCUCUUCCGGUCAUCGUAUCAUAGGUCACAGGGCAGUGAGCUUAGACCUGUUUUCUAUAUAAUCCCUGUCGGUCGUCAGUGGAUAGGUAUAUCAGCAGCAGCAGCCGCCUCGUUCCUGCCAUCUGUUGUGCUGCGAGGGGAAGUGAGGUUUCAUGGGCACGGCGACGGACACGCCCGCACAACAGUCAACCGCCGGCGAGGUGACGGCCGACCAAGUCCAGGCCUUGCUUGAGGCUGCUAGAUAUGAUGACUUGGAAGAUUUGGUAAGCAUACUUUCGGUGGGCAUUUCUCCUAAUUCCAGAGAUUCUCAAGGAAGAACAGCUCUUCAUAUGGCCGCUGCUAAUGGGCAUCUUGAAAUUGUCGAAUAUCUUAUUCAGAACGGAGCAGAUUUGAAUGCUUUGAACUCUGAAAAGAAUUCACCACUUCAUUGGGCUUGCCUCAAUGGACACAUAGAGGUAGUCAAACUUUUGAUCCAGGGGGGAGCUAGCGUAAGUUUGCUAAACAGCCAUGAGAGGACUCCAAUGGAUGAAGCUGUGAGCAGAGGAAAGAUGGAUGUGAUCAAUGCAAUCAAUAUGACGGUAGCCCAACUCGAACUUGAUGAUGUUAAUAUAUCUUAGCACACGAGCUAUACUACAAAAACUUCCUAAAACUAGUUUCAUAAUGCAAGAAACUAGUUGCUUGCACGAGUCAGGAGUUUCUUCUUAUGACAAAUGCAUCAUGUGAAUGAUCUUUAUCUUGUUUCGCCUCACUAUUAAACGAGUUAAUAUGUUUCAUUAUAAAAUCUUUGAUGUGAUUGAUAAGCAUGAAUUAUCAA